AUGAAUUGCAAGUAUCGAAUUGCAAACAACGAACAACUCCAGGAUCAGCAAAAUCGAAUGAAGAAGUCUAUGUCCAUAUCAUGUUCCGAUAUUCUAGCUGCAAAUGACUUUGUUUCUGUUUUUCACGACAUUCUACUGCAUAGUUCGCAAUGCGGUAACAACAAUUCAGGCUCAUCAUCCUGUCAUCCAGAAAAUUGUUGCUUAUGCAACCGAUCAUCAUCAAAUUUCCUUGAUCCAUUGUAUGCGAUCAUUUUACCGCCCACUUCUAGCACCACUGAUUUAAUGUAUCAAAACUUUGAGAAAGCCAAUUGUGGUACAGAUCUCGAUGAACAAAGCGUCUAUAUCGAGAGCAGUCGAAAUGAUGACGAUGAACAGAGUGGAGAAUUAAAAAUGCAAUCUAAUUGCCGACGAGUUGGUGAUGCAUUACGGAAGAAAUUACAAAUUUAUCUAAAAUUUUUAUCAACUCAUAAAGCUCUGAGAAAAUGUGAGAAUUGUUGCCAUUCGCUGAAAACUGCAUGCAAAUCAUUCCUGGAUUCUACUUGUAUCACUUUCACCAUCUGGCAUUUGUGA